UCGGCGGCCGCGGCCGGGGACGGUGUGAGAGCGGUAAGAUGGCGGCCGCAGCGGUGGUAGAGUUCCAGAGAGCCCAGUCUCUACUCAGCACCGACCGGGAGGCCUCCAUCGACAUCCUCCACUCCAUCGUGAAGCGAGACAUCCAGGAAAAUGAUGAGGAGGCAGUCCAGGUCAAAGAGCAGAGCAUCCUUGAACUGGGGUCUCUCCUGGCAAAGACUGGACAAGCUGCUGAGCUUGGAGGACUCCUGAAGUAUGUACGACCUUUCUUGAAUUCUAUCAGUAAAGCUAAAGCAGCUCGUCUGGUCCGAUCUCUUCUGGAUCUGUUUCUUGAUAUGGAAGCAGCUACAGGGCAGGAGGUCCUUUAUAUAUCUGGCUAUGACGGAACUCACUAUGUAGACCAGGCUGGCUGGCCCGGAACUCAUAGGGAUUCGCCUGUCUCUUUUUCCCAAAUGCUGGAACUAAAGGUCGAACUAUGUUUAGAGUGCAUCGAAUGGGCCAAAUCAGAGAAAAGAACUUUCUUACGCCAAGCAUUGGAGGCAAGGCUGGUGUCUUUGUAUUUUGAUACCAAGAGGUACCAGGAAGCAUUACAUUUGGGUUCUCAGCUGCUUCGGGAGUUGAAAAAGAUGGAUGAUAAAGCCCUUUUGGUGGAAGUGCAGCUUUUAGAAAGCAAAACAUAUCAUGCUCUGAGCAAUCUGCCGAAAGCCCGAGCUGCCUUAACCUCUGCUCGGACCACAGCAAAUGCCAUCUACUGCCCCCCUAAGCUGCAGGCCACUCUGGACAUGCAGUCAGGUAUUAUUCAUGCAGCAGAGGAGAAGGACUGGAAAACUGCUUACUCAUAUUUCUAUGAGGCAUUUGAAGGCUAUGAUUCCAUUGAUAGCCCCAAGGCCAUCACAUCUUUGAAGUACAUGUUGCUGUGCAAAAUCAUGCUCAACACCCCAGAAGAUGUCCAGGCUUUGGUGAGCGGAAAGCUUGCACUUCGGUAUGCAGGGAGGCAGACAGAAGCAUUGAAAUGUGUGGCUCAAGCUAGCAAGAACAGAUCACUGGCAGAUUUUGAAAAGGCCUUGACAGACUACAGGGCAGAGCUCCGGGACGACCCGAUCAUCAGCACACAUUUGGCCAAGUUAUACGAUAACUUACUGGAACAGAAUCUGAUCCGGGUCAUUGAACCUUUUUCCCGAGUACAGAUUGAACACAUAUCUAGCCUCAUCAAACUCUCCAAGGCCGACGUGGAAAGAAAAUUAUCACAGAUGAUUCUUGACAAGAAGUUUCAUGGGAUUUUGGACCAGGGGGAGGGUGUCCUGAUCAUUUUUGAUGAACCCCCAGUAGAUAAAACUUAUGAAGCUGCUCUGGAAACAAUUCAGAACAUGAGUAAAGUAGUGGACUCCCUCUACAACAAAGCCAAGAAGCUGACAUAGAGUUGGAUCUGUAGCGGUCCUUUGGAGAGUGUGUGUGGCGGGAGAGUGAACCCUUGGGGAAAUGCUAGGAGAUUCUUUUCUUUCUGUUCUACUUUUCGCUCGGAAAGUUUUUAACCCUCAUUGGUGCAUCUGUAUCCAGCGAUAGGCAGCCAGUUCUCAUGUAAUCAGCACUGGCCAACAUGGGAGUGGGGAAAUUGCUUAAAAAAAAAAAAAAAAGAAAAAGAAAAAAAAAGAUUCUAAAUAAAAGGAAAAAGGCUUACACUACCUAAAGCUGUGCUCUCUGCCUCCUGGGAGAGGGCCGCAAAGCCAGGCACCCCGCCAACCACUGGGGAUCCUCAUCCACCUGCUGGGCGCCACCUCUCCUCCUCUUCAGAAUUGGGUGUUUGCUGACCAUCAAAAGCAACGACUUUUUAUUCUGUUUGUACUGAACCAAAACAAACAAC